AUGUCAUCAUGGCAUCAAGACGACCACGCCGCUCCGACUCACGACGGCGAGGAUGGCCAUUCCUCCCAGCCGUUUCCGGUUCCAAGCGUGACGGCAGCCAUUGCGAACUACCUUGCGUCCCAACCGACCCAGCACAUCUCCCAGCCGCAGCCAUCUCCUCCUCGCUGGCACAACUACACGCCGCUGCAGCAACGGCCGUCGCACCGUCCGCACCGCGCCGCACCGGCCGCCCCCUUGCUGUGGGCGUUCAGUACGCUUCUGUCGCCUCCCCGUAGCCUUUCACCCUGGACCGCUGGGCCGGUCGUCCCAGGAGGCGAGAUCCCUGACGGCUCGCCCGCCGGUGGGGGCAGGGCGGGAGACGCGAACGGCUGCCUGCGCUUGGCGAGGCGCGUCGGGCGCAAGGCAGCCGGCGAGGGACGCAACUUCAUGCUCUCGCCGCUGUCUUUCCACGCGGCGCUCGCGCUGGUGGCUUCGGGCGCGAACGGCGAGACGCAGGCGGAGCUGCUGCGUUUCCUAGGCUCGGCGUCGCUAGACGAGCUGCAGCACGCCGCGGCGACGAGGCUGGUCGCCGCGCUGCGCGGCAUCCCGCAGACGUCCUUCGCGUGCGGCGUCUGGGUGGACCGGCGGUGCGCGCUCAGGGAGGAGUUCGCGGACGUCGCCGGUGCCGUCUACGCCGCCGUCGCAGAGUCCGUGGACUUCGUGUCACAGGCCGAGGAGGCGAGGCAGCGCAUCAACGACUUCGUGAAGGACGCGACGAAAGGGCUCAUCGGCGCCGUCCUUCCUCAAGGCUCCGUCGGCCCGUCCACGGUGGCCGUGCUUGCCAACGGUCUCCACUUCAAGGGGACAUGGGCUCAGCCGUUCGACCCGUCACGGACCUUCGACGCGCCGUUCCAUCUCCCCGGCGGGGGCACCGUGCGCGCGCCGUUCAUGACGACGACGAGGACGUAUGCGUAUGAGCAGCACUACGUCGCAGUGUUCUCCGGUUUCAGGGCUCUAAAGCUGCCCUACAGAACCGACGCGUCGGCAAUGGAGGACGCCGCGUACUUCUACAUGCUUCUACUCCUCCCAGACGACGACAGGGCCGUCUCGGCGCCGGGGUUCAUCAGGAGGCACACGCCGGCGUGCAAGGUUCCGGCAGGGCGGCUCAUGGUCCCCAAGUUCAAGUUCGCGUACGAGUUCGAGGCGAGCGAGGAGAUGCGAAGGCUGGGUGUCGCCAGGGCUUUUGAAGGCGGCGACUUCUCCGGCAUGUUCGCCGGCGGAGGCGGGGAUUCCGUCAAUGGAGUGUACCAUAAGGCUACCGUCGAGGUGGACGAGGAGGGCACCGUAGCUGCCGCUGCCACUGCCGUGUCCAUUUGCCUCAGCGCGAGCGCCAUCCUGCCGGUGGAUUUCGUGGCGGACCGGCCCUUCUUGUUCGCCGUCGUGGAGGAGAGGAGCGGCGCCGUGCUCUUCUUUGGCCAUGUGGUGAAUCCACUAGCGGAGUGAUCCACCCACCUGCGACUUCUAUUUUACCAUUUGCGUCCGUAAUCGCAUUUCUAAAUGCUUGUUCAUAGAGGAAAGCCGAGAUGUAGAUCGGUAGACAGUAGUCUCUAAUUAUUCGUAUCGUUUUCCAAACCUAUCUCUUAUUUUAGUGAUGUGUGAAUGAAAUGAAAUAAUGGAUUCUUAAAAAAUCGUAAUUGCUGUAC